AUGCCGGGAAGGAACAUGGAAGAGGUAUGGAAAGACAUCAGCCUCAGCACUCUCCACCAAGACGUGCCUUCAACUCCCGUCCUCGCCUUCCACCCCGCCACCACCAUCUCCUCCUUUCGAGCCGUCAUGCUGCAGGACUUCAUCGCCGAUGCCUUCAAAGCAGAAAAUCGAGCUCCUCCUCCGAGCACCCACAGUCCUCCUGCUUCGCUCAGUCCCACCUCUGACAACUCCCGGCAGUUCUUUGGCUAUGAUCUCAACGCCAGUGCCAGUGCCAGUGGCAGUAACGCAGCACAGUCUGAGUCAACGAAGAAGCGGUCGCCGGAGAAGCGGCCGAACCGGAGCGUUGACAGACAAAGCGGCGUCGAGCAAAGGAAGAAGCGGAUGAUCAAGAAUCGAGAGUCGGCGGCUCGAUCUAGGGCCAGGAAACAGGCCUACAGGAACGAGCUAGAGCUAGAAGCCGCACGUCUGCUGAAUGAGAACGAGAUGCUGAAGCGAGAGUCCGAACAGCUGCGCAUGACAGUGGCUGCUCAGAACCCCACGGCUUCCAAGCCUACGCUGCAGAGAACCUUAACAGCUCCGUUUUGAGUGAGAGAACUGAUAGAGAGAAGUUUCCUUUCACCAGCAAAUCCUACACUUCCAUUGUCCACAGUAAGCUCAAGUGUUCCAGAUUUGUGAUCGCCUACAUAUAGCAGAGUCGUCCAACAAAGAACAGACCAGUUUUAGGUACGCGUGUGUACAUGUAUACGUCUGCAGUGUUUGCCUUCUUCCAACAUGUAUAAUUCUCGCGAUGCUGUUUGGUUUGUGCUUGUGUUGAUAUGGCAAAUUCCUAGAACAAAAGUACAGCAUUUUAGUUGCAUAAUGGUCUAUGUUCUUUACGUUUGCCGGUGCUUGCACUCUGUGUUUAUUAACCUUGCAUUAUUGUAUUUCUAGCCGUUGUUCUUGUAUUUAUUCAUUAAAUAUUUUCUUUUUUUAUUUUUUUGGAUUAGAUUGACUUGGACAGGUUUUAAUGAUGUUGUAUAAGAUGGUAAAAAUUAGGUGUUUGAUGGCUUUAUAUGAUAUCUUUUCUCUUGUCAUCGUUCUU